ACCAACCGAUUUCGCUGUAAGGAUGGAGAAAAGUAUGUCUAAGGAUAUAGUUAAAAGAGAAAAGGAUAUCAAGGAUGAAGGAAAACAAUGGCCACAAGUCUUAGCUAUUUGGAUAGCUAGUUUAACAUCACUAUGCUCCGGUUGCACAUUCGCUUGGACAUCUCCGUCAUUACCAGCAAUAGUAAACAGUGAUGACUAUGACAUAACUGAGGAAGAAGCGACAUGGUUCACUGUGAUACCACCAAUAGCUAUGAUGAUUUCAACACCGAUUAUUUCAAAAUUAAAUGACGUAAUAGGAAGAAAAAAAAUGUUAUUAGCUAUCGGUAUCUUACAUAUUAUUAAUUGGAUUUUGGUUUGCUUUUCACGAAGCAUAUAUGUUUUUUACAUGGCCAGAUUCGUGGUUGGAUUGGCGGAUGCCUGCGUUUUCUCCGCUUUACCCAUGUACAUAGGAGAAAUUUCGACUCCCGUUGUUAGAGGCAGAUGGGGAAACAUUUUAACAUUUAACAUAUACUUUGGACAAUUUGCCAUUAAUGUCCUCGGCAGUUAUUUAUCUAUAGCACAAGUUUCGUACAUCUCAAUUUGUUUUCCAAUAUUAUUUGUCAUAAUGUUUCCCUUUAUGCCUGAAUCGCCAUAUUUUUAUGCUAUGAAGUCACGUUAUGACGAUGCUAGGAACUCCCUUAAAUGGUUUUCAAGAAAAGAAGACAUUGAGCCAGAUUUUUUGAUCCUAAAAUCCGACGUUGAACGACAACUGUCAGAGGCAGGGACAUGGAAAGAAUUAUUUACAAUUAGAAGUAACAGAAAAGCACUUUCUGCAGGCUUGUUCCUUAGAAUAGUCCAACAACUAGGGGGCAUUUCAGUAUUUGCCACAUAUACUCAACUGAUAUUUAAUAAAGCUGGAGGAAAUAUGUCACCACAGUUGUCUUCAAUAAUCUUUACUGGAUUUAUAAUGCUUCUAAACUUCGUAGCAGGGUUUACUCUAGACUUAAUGGGCAGAAAAAAGGCUUUCAUGUACUCUAGUCUCAGUUCAGGAAUAGUUCUUUUCUGUUUGUCAAUUUACUUUUACCUUGAUAAAUACGAAAGUCAAAUUGAUCUGACUUCAUUACAAUGGAUACCAUUGACUGGAAUGAUAUUAUUUGUGUUAUGUUAUUCCUUUGGCUUAGGAAUUGUGCCAACUCUGAUGUUGGGAGAGCUAUUUUCAGCCAGUAUUAAAGUUAAAGGACUUUGUUCCUUGACCAUAGUUUUUGGAGUUUUGAUAAGUACAAUUACUAAAUUAUUCUACGUAUUGGAUACGAACUUUGGACUAUUUUGUCCAUUUUUGUUAUUUUCCUUCAGCUGUAUUGUAGGAUCUGUUUUAACAAUAUAUUUUGUACCUGAGACUAAAGGAAAAACGUUGGAGGAAAUUCAACAAGCACUCAAAGCAAAGAAAUAAAGAUUUAUUUAAAUUAUUUAAAAACAUUGUGAUAUAUUUUAUUUAUUUUUAACACAAAAUGUAUUUAUUAUAUGAAUAAUAAAAUGUGUCAAAUAAUA